AUGCAAACUUAUUAGAGUUGUCUCGAACUGAACCGAUAGGUGGCGCGUAAAUCGAAGGUCACUUCCGGGUAGUACCCGACUCGUAGAACUCUAAUCUACACUUACAGUCGCCGUUGGUAAAUUUUCAUCAAGAAUAUGGGGAAAAAGUAUUGCUGUGUGCCAUUAUGCCACAGUACGUCAGACAGUCUAGAUGAAAAUGGAAACAAAAUAUUUAUGAGACGUUUCCCAAUUGGUGAGAAAAGAAAGAAGAUAAGAGCUAUGUGGAUUUCAAGAGUUAAAAAUAUUCGUGCAAAUUUUAAAGUUAAUGACAACACGAGAAUUUGUUCUAGACAUUUUGAAGAACCUUACACUGAACAUUCAGUUCCCACAAUUUUCCCUUCUAAGGAACAAAAGCCACAAAAUACUAGACGUCCCCUUGUAAAACAUGAUUUGAACUGUUCUUAUAACUAUGAAAAGAAUGUUACAGAUGGUGAGGAUUCAGCUUCCCUGGGUUCUAACCUUUCACAGGAAGAUGAAUCGCAUAUUGUGACUUUAACUAGUGACAGCAAUGAGAAUAUAAAUCCACAGGACAAUGAAAAUGUUUGCCUGCAACAUGUCUCCACUCAAGCUGGAGAACCACAAGUUACUGACGUAAAAGAAUGUAGUGUGGAGUCGAAGCUUCUUUUCAUGUCAUAUGAAGAUAUUAGACAUGAUGAUAACAAAAUAAGAUUUUAUACAGGGUUCUUAUCAUCUUCCAUGUUUUGGUUAUUCUUCUCAACUCUGAUGAAACAUGGUGCUGACCGUCUUAGUUAUUGGGAAGGAAACACAAGAUCUCUUGGUGAAAAAAAUUACCAUGUUAAAAAUAGUGCUAAACCUGGUAGACAGAGAAAACUUAGACCUGUAGAUGAGUUUCUGAUGGUGUGUAUGCGAUUAAGACAAGGAAUGCUGCAAGAGCAUCUAGCAGACUUAUUCAGAGUCUCAAUGUCUUCAGUGUCCCGUAUUAUGAACACAUGGAUAAAUUUCAUUUAUGAUCAUUGCAGGUCACUUGUCUGUUGGCCUACAAGAGAACAAAUUUUAUGUAAUCUACCACAAGCAUUUCAAGACUAUCCUGACGUACGGAUAAUUCUUGAUUGUACCGAGUUCUACACUGAAAAACCAUCAUCACUUAGUGCUCAGUGGGCCACCUGGUCUGAAUACAAACAUUCGAAUACAUUUAAAAUUUUGAUAGGGGUAGCACCAAAUGGACUAGUUACGUUUGUUUCCAGACUGUGGGGGGGCAACACAUCUGACCGUCAUAUAACAAUGCACGAUUCUCUUUUGCCAAAAUUAUCUGCUGGUGAUGUAAUCAUGGCAGAUAAGGGUUUCACUGUUGAAGACCUUCUCCCUGUAGAUGUUGGCUUAAAUAUACCACCACGUAUACCAGGUCAUAGACAAAUGACCACUCAAGAGUUUUUUCAGACCCAAGGCAUUGCAUCGGCCCGUAUUGUAGUCGAGAUGAAAAUGGAACAAAUCAAGAACUAUCGCAUUUUGAGUGGAACUCUACCAUUAUCAGAAGCACACUUGGCAGAACAGAUGAUUUUUAUCUGCACAGCAUUGACUAACCUGCUUCCACCUCUGCUUACAUAAAACAAUAUUCAGUUUCAUUUUGUUAAAUUGUUAAGGAUUGAAAUUAUAACAAAUAAAUCUGAGAUUUAUAA